UGCGUCCCGGGCUUCUCCGCUCCCCGGGGCUGCGGUGCAUGUUCGCCUCCUGCCAGUGCGUGCGGAGAGGCGGGAGGGCUAUGAAGAUGAUCCGCUUUCGGAGCUCCAGCAUCAGAUCGCUCAGUCAGGAGAUGAAAUGCACCAUCCGGCUGCUGGACGACUCCGAGAUCUCCUGCCUCAUCCAGAAGGAGACCAAAGGGCAGUUUCUCAUAGAUCACAUCAGCAACUAUUACAGCCUGUUGGAAAAAGACUAUUUUGGCAUUCGCUAUGUUGACCCAGAGAAGCAGCGGCACUGGCUCGACCCUAACAAGUCAGUCUCCAAGCAAAUGAAAUCUCACCCACCUUAUACCAUGUGCUUUAGAGUGAAAUUCUACCCACACGAACCCUUGAAGAUUAAAGAAGAGCUCACCAGGUAUCUUUUGUAUCUGCAGAUUAAGAGAGAUAUUUUCCACGGCCGCCUGCUCUGCUCUUUCUCUGAUGCCGCCUAUCUGGGUGCCUGCAUUGUACAAGCCGAAUUUGGAGACUAUGAUCCUGAUGAACAUCCAGAAAAUUACAUCAGUGAAUUUGAGAUUUUUCCUAAGCAGUCUCAAAAGCUGGAAAGAAAAAUAGUGGAAAUCCAUAAAAAUGAUCUCAGAGGUCAGAACCCAGCGGUGGCUGAAUUUAAUUUACUACUGAAAGCACAUACUUUGGAAACAUAUGGCGUGGAUCCCCACCCCUGUAAGGAUUCAACAGGAACUACAACAUUUUUAGGAUUUACUGCUACAGGCUUUGUGGUAUUCCAGGGAAAUAAAAGGAUACACUUGUUAAAAUGGUCUGAUGUCUGCAAAUUGAAGUUUGAAGGGAAGACAUUUUAUGUGAUUGGCACACAGAAGGAGAAAAAGGCCAUGUUGGCUUUCCAUACUUCAACACCAGCUGCCUGCAAACAUCUCUGGAAGUGUGGAGUGGAGAAUCAGGCCUUUUACAAGUGUGUAAAAUCCAGCCAGAUCAAGACCAUGUCGAGCAGCAAAGUCUUUUUUAAAGGCAGUAGAUUUCGCUACAGUGGUAAAGUUGCCAAAGAAGUGGUGGAGGCAAGCUCCAAAAUCCAGAGGGACCCUCCUGAGGUGCACAGGGCCAGCAUCACCCAGAGUCGGAGCUCCUACUCUUUGAACAAACAGCUCAUCAUUAACAUGGAGCCGCUGCAGCCUCUCCUGCCUUGCCCCAGCGAACAGGAAGAGGAAAUGUCCUUGGAGGAGGGUGCCCCCUUGCUGAAGGAGGGUGACAGUCUCGGGCCCAUAAUAUCCAGCUCACCCACCAAGGACCAUGGCAUGUACGAGGACUUCUCGAGAGAUGAGGAAGCGAGGAUCAAAGAGGAACCUCUCACCAUCUCAGAACUGGUGUACAACCCAAGCGCCAGCCUCCUCCCCACCCCGGUAGACGACGACGAGAUCGAUAUGCUCUUUGACUGUUCCUCCAGGCUGGAGGUCGAGAGAGAUGACACCGAUUCCUUCGAGGAACUGGAAGCCGAUGAAAAUGCCUUUCUGAUCGCUGAGGAGGAGGAGCUGAAGGAGGCCCGAAGAGCCUUGACCUGGAGCUAUGACAUUCUGGUGGGCAACAUCCAGGUGAAUGAGUUUGUCAGGAGUUUCUCCAGGCUCUUGGUGGUGACCUUGGGACUCCUGCUCUUCGUGUUCCCACUCCUCCUCCUCCUGCUCGAGUCGGGCAUCGAUCUGUCUUUUCUGUGUGAGAUCCGUCAGACCCCGGAGUUUGAGCAGUUUCACUAUGAAUACUACUGUCCCCUUAAGGAGUGGGUAGCUGGUAAAAUCAAUUUCAUCCUCUACCUGCUGGGCUGCUCAUAGAUAAUUUGAAAGCGUUCACUAAGGGCUCUAUUCAAUACUAGCGAUUUUUUUUCCAGCAAAUGGCUCGCUCUCAUACCACUGAGGGGGCCAUCCACAGGUAGUUCUAUUAGUUUCUGACUGUUCAGACCCCUCAAGUUCACUUUUCACGAUUCGAGCCAUUUAAGUCAAGCAUAGAUAUUUUAAUUACCGGCCCCCAAAAUGGCCUUGAAAUAACCCCCAAAAUGGUUUAUUUUGAUCUCAUCGUAAACUUACUGCUUAUCGACCAUAACCUCUAACAUAGGGCAGAGUCGGUUUCCUUUGUUUUGAUCAUUUCUCGCAUCACCUGCCAGGAUAUUCUGCCCCUGAAUUUUAGUAAAACCUGAGGGAAAUGUUUUUGAAUAUAAUCCUUAGUGCAACAACAAUCUCUUCUAACCAAUGCCUAUACAAGUCAAGUUUAUGCUGGGUUUCUGUUUUAGUUUUUUUAAAUAUUUUUUAUGUGUUCAAAAGAUUUUGGUACAUUUUUAGCAAAAGAAGUCUUAUGAAGUUAUUUAAGUGUACAGAUUGUAAGAUUCAUGCACAAUGGGCAUCUACGGAGUUUUUUAAUGUUUUGGCAGUGAUUUGUUUUUAAGACAUUUUUGGCCGAGCCAUCAGUUCUUUACAUCUGCAUGCGAGAUGGCAAACUGGAGGGAGAAACAUAGAGAGAGGUCACUGGAUGAGAGAAGGGGCAGGGCAGGUGUGGGGAAAGAAGGUGUUAGGACAGAGGAUGCUUCAUUUGCAGGUUCUAGACCCUCCUCUGUUUUACGGCACAAGGGCGGGAUAUUCCAGUCACCUUUGCCUGCUUUCCGUCAUCUUGGAUUUCAGCGGAUGCGGCAGAAAAUCCGUGCACGAAAGAGCAAGUUUUUUUUUUCCCCAAGGGCUCAGACCCCUGAGGCCCAGUGUAUAUUCGUGUACAUAACGAGGGGACGGAGGGAGAAAGAAAGGCAGAGAAAGUUAACGAUACCUCUCUAGCUAUGGUGGUAGGUGAGAAGUGGAAGUUGAGCGGGAGGAUUUUAGGACCCCGAGGGAGAUAUGAAGCCUUAUUUCGAGGUGAACAAGGCAUUCGAGCAACUCCCUGGAAGAGAUGAAAGAAAGGGCUCUGUGGGAGCAACUAGAGAGCAGUGAAACAUCAAGGGACCCGUCUGGUCCCUCGUGCCAUUUGUUGUGGUUCUGGGGAAAAAAAAACCAAAAAACCAAACAACCCAGAGAAUUGUAUUUCUGUGUGUGUAUAUAUGUACAUGUGCGUAUGUGUGUGUCACUUUCCAGUGCAUGCUAAUAAUCUUACCCCGGCUGGGGUCGUAGCAGAGCCACCAAAACGCCAGGCCGGCAGGAGGCAAGGAGAGGCAAGGGGAGGCAGCCUUGGCGGUGAGGAGAGGCAAGGAGGUCGGGAAUUUGAGGAGAGGAAGGAAACUCGGGGGAGCGAGGGGAGUGGAUCUCCACAGCCUUAUUUCCCAGAAGGUGCAGGAUCACUGAUGGGACAGUGUCCCCUUUGCCAGCAAGUGAAGAAGGCCCCCCCCCGCCCUUCCCCUCCCCCACGGCACUCCUUGCUCAGAGUCUUUAGAACCCUGGUUGAAGGAGUCCGUUGGCCUUUGUCCUACACUGAGGAUUUUUGCAGGAAGCUCCCAGGCCUAGCCAAGGAAAACGCUUAGACCAGGCACCUUCAGGCGCCACGGGCCACAGGCCCCAGUGGUCGAAAGGAGAGUGAGGAUCCUUAGGGUCUCUUUCUCAUGGAGUCUAAUCGUAGGAAAAUUUCCACUGGUCUCAGGGCUUAGUGGGUAUCUCACUGAGAAAGAGGUGUGUUCAUCUGUCAUCUCUGUUGCUCCAGUCUACAUGGCUUUUAACAUCCUGGAUGCAGUUUUCAAAAUUGGGGGCUCCAGUCUCUCAUCUGGACACUUCACUCAGGUGUCCCUAUUUGGUGCUAAGAUGCCAAGUGCAGGCUUUCAAGGCUGAGUUUAGGCAUCUGAUUUUGAAGACUGGGUUCAAAAGUGAGCUUCCUGGCCCCUGUUCACUUGGGUCUGAGAGGAGAAUUGAAAUAGUCUCACUAAAAGAAGAAGUAAUGUGAUUUCUUUAGUUCAAUUUGAAUGUUUUUCAUUUUUUUAUGUGGUUUAAGUGGCUUCUUUGGCCUUUAAAACCAGUGACAUCUAGUACCAAUGCAGCAGAAUUUUUGUAUGUGGCUUGGAAGCCUCUAUAAUUGGCUUCUUUGGAAAGUGUGCAAAUAAAGUGUAAAAAACCCAACUUUCCCGCUGAGUGGUUUAAUCUCUUCCUAUACUUUUUCCUACUUUUUCUCAAAGCUCUUCAAAUGAUCAAGCCAGGGAUUUCUGGGUUCCUUUCAGGGCCUGACAAGAGGCUGUUCCUCUUUUCCCUUAUCCUUCGCCUCGCAGCUCCGACUAGGGAAAGGAUCGUUCCAAAUUUCCCGGUUAACUAUCUUAUCUCUUGUAAACCCCCAGUGUUUUCUCUUGGCCGGAAGCCAGUUAAGUAGGUAGAAAUGUUUGGAUUUGACAUACAGAGGACAAUAAACCCAAGGGGAUGCUGCCAUUCAACCAAUCGAUUAAUCAGUCAGUCGUUUUGCUAAGCCCAGAGAUUGGUGGAUAAUAAUAACAAUAUUAAUAUUAAUAAUGAUGUUGAAGCUAUUUAUUAAGUGCUUCUGAUGUGCCAAGCACGUGGUAAACACUGGGGUAGAAGACAAGGUAAUCGGAUUGGACACAGUCCCUUUCCACCAUGGGCCUUACAGAAGCAGAGGAUCUGAUUUUCCUUUGUAGAGAUGUUGACUGAAGAGCAGGGAUGAGGGUUAUCCAAGUCUAUAGAGUGACCACAAAAUCUAGGGCGUUGGGUUCCGUAACGUCUCCCCAGCUGAGCUGGACUACCACAAGUCCCAAAUAAGAGUAAGUUAGCUCAGAAAAUGUCCACAUAUAUGGCUCUAUGAAUGUAGGAUGGGAUGAAACUAAACUGUGGGGGAAAUGUGUAUAUUCCAUAUUUCUAAUGUGCUUAUAUAUGCAUAUGUAUAAGUCUGUGCAUUUGAACACACACCAGGAGUAUACAUUUCAUAUACAGUACAUAGUGGUUCUCGUUUUACCGCGUAUGAGAAUCUGUAAUGUUUUUCCGUUCCUUUUGUCAGAAAUUGUGGGUUAAACUCACUGCCAAAAGAGUUCAUGUUUUCAGUGAUAACCACUGUGUAUGUAUUUUUGAAUAUAGAGUAUGUACACACACGUGGCGUAUAGGUCUGUGUUCAUACGCACACAAAAACACAGUCGUUCUGUGUCUUUAGUGCUGAUGAGAGUUGGUCACCGAUGAAUUGUUAGGUGAAGUGCUGUGGAUUUCUGUAUGUGCUUGGACUAUCUUGUAAAAUGUCAUGUAUUUGGAAUAAAUUUUGUGGUUUGUCUAAUAUUUAUAAACUCAACUCUGGGAAAAAUUAAAAAUGGGUUUAUUUCAUUGAAGUGCUAAAGAUCUGGGAAAACGUGUACUUGUGGUUUGAGCCUUAUCUUUGUACAGUGAAUUUCACAUUUCUAUGUCAACAUCCAAAUUGUUUUGUAUGUUAAUAUGAUGGCAGGAAUCCCUAAUAAAAAUACCCUGGGGGAAAAA